CGGAUUCCGACGUGCGUAACGUCGUGCCAAAUUUUAAGUAUAUAAUCACCCCUUAACACUUUUUCCCCGUUUUUUCAUUACCCACUCCGCUCCUCCUACUAUUCUCUUUCUCCAAAGCCGUAACUCCUCCGCCCUCCUCCCUCACAACCCAUUCUCCUAUCAAUGUCUUCAACAAGUAACACUUCCUUCCGCGGUAGCAUUCGCGGUAGGGGAAGCUUUCAGCGUUCUCACUCUCGAGCAUCACCGGAAUCGCCAUCUACCACUACCCCUCAGUCUAUAUUCAAUGCCGGUGGCGACUUGGAGGCUAAGGUCGAGGUCGAGGUCGAGGUCGAGGGCGAGGGCGAGGGCGGAGGAGGCGCCGAAGGAGGAGACGGAGUUUCAACGGAGGCUAGUGCAGUGCCAUACGGGGAUCUUCCGCGCUUGAUCACCAAGGCCGAACUGAAGGGCGAACAAGCUGUCCUAAACACAAUUAAAGGCAUAAUCAAAGAAAGUUUUCAUGGGCCGUGGAAUACCUACACAACCGCCCCCAAGGAAGUUCGUCAGCAAUGGUGGAACCUGUUUCGUCUUCGUUACACCUGGUUGCCUGGGGCAUACCCGGCAGACACUGAAAAAAUCAUGAGGAGCGCCUUUAACACCCGUGGGUUCGUAUGGUUGACGAAGAGGUUCAUGAAUGCACGAAACAAAAAUAAGAAGCCGAGUUUUGUGGGAGAAGAUCACUGGGAAACGAUGGUUAAGUAUUGGGCAAGUCCGGAUUUUCGAGCAAAGAGCGUGAGGUCGAGCAAGAACCGAAACACGAAGAAGGCAAAGCAAAGGCAAUAUUAUGGGGGGUGUCGUUCUGUGAGCGAGCACAUCAAGAAGAUGGAGCAAGAGGACAAAGUCGUUCCAAAUCAACUCAAGGUCAUUAACCGCUUGCUUGUGAAGAAGGGUUCCCAGCCGAGAAUUUUAAUCAAGAAAGACUACAAGGAGAAGCUCCUUCUAAAGAAGCAAGCCGCAUCCGGAUCGGGGUCCAAUUCUAUAAGUCUUGAUGAUGUUGCUGAGGAAGAACUAGAAGAUGACCUUGGGUUGUACGUCGAGGUGGUGGGGAACAACAAGAACCGGGUCUUCGGGCGGGGCUGUGAAGCUGGAUCCUCGGAAUCACUUUCCUCGGGAGGCACUAGUCAUGAAGACUACGCUGCCCGGCUGAAGACCGAAUUGGAGCUGAAAUUGGAGAAAAAAUUUGAAGCAAAAUUUCAGGAAAAAAGUGCCGAUUUAGAGAAGAAAUAUCAGGCUCAAUCCCAUGAUUUGUUAAGUCAAUUUCAGGGGUUGAAAGAGUCGGUCAAUUAUUUGACCCAAGGCCUUAGUUUCCAGUUGGCUUUUGGGUGGGCUGGUUUAUGGUUUCAAUUUGAAAAGUUGAAUGAGGAGCUGAUUUUUAGGCUUGUCCCUCGUUUCCUCCGUCGGUGGAUAACUCCAAAUGAACCUCUGGAUAAGCAUGUAAUCCUUACAGUUGGAGCCCUUCACCAAGUUGAUUCAGCUGCACCUCGGGCUGCAGCUAAUGCAUGGAACGACAAGUUUGCACCUUUACCAAAACCCUUGCCGGUGGUCAACGUAGGAGGCCCUUCGAGUAACCUUUAUUCCAUCACUCAGUCUUGUGAUGGAGCUAAGGAUUCCACAACUGAAAAAGCAUGGCAAGUAAAUCAAGAUGAAAACCCUAAUGACUUGCAAGUAAGAGAUAAAAGGCAGGUCCAUACUGAUUCCAUGGAUGUCACUCUCCCUAUUAUCAUCAACAAGAGCAGUAUGAUCUUCACCAAGUUGGACCUCAUGAUAAUUGAUGAUAAAGUAGAAGAUCAGGCAGGAGGAGACCUUCAAAAACAGUAUGAGAUGCUAAAGCCGAUUUUUGAACAACACAUUAGCGAUGACUUUGAGAAUUCUCUUUGGAUGAUCAAGGAAGCGUUACGCUCGCCUUUUGUUAAGGAUAAGAUUCAACAGGGGCUAGUGUCAACACUUCGGGGGAAGGCACUUAAAGCAACAAGGGAUGCUAUGAAGAGUGCACAGUGUAUAAGGGCUAUCAAGCUGAAAGGUACGCAUCAUCCAGUUCUUCUAUGCUGUGCAAACAUUGACGUACCUAUCAUUACGCCAUUGUGCGAACAUCUAAUUGACUACGAGUUAUAGGGAGGACUACUCGGUUUUCUUUCUCCUUAUCUUCUGUUGGAUGUCAUUUGGGGACAUAGAUGUUUUUUCUUAUAUGGAUGGUAAUUAGCAUGGACUACAUUCAACAAGGGCAAUUGUCUCUUUGGAAACAACAAUUUACUAAUGGACUAUACUCUGGCAGUCUUUAGCCAAAUUGGUUCAGGA